AUGUCUUCAAGAGAUUUACCAAAAUCCUUUGGGCAAUUCGCCUUUGGUUGGACUAAGACUUUAGCUUCCGAAAUCACUUUAAAUAAAUCUCAAGCUCAAUUAAUUGAAGAAGAUUAUCAACCUGAAAAUGCUGAAAAACAAACUAAAGUUCAAGUUAGAAACUUAUGGCCUGCUUUUGCUUCUGGUGCUGGUUUAUUUUCUGAUGGUUAUGUUAAUAAUUCCAUUUCUACUGUUUCUUAUUGUUUAGCUAAAAUUUAUGGUGAUGUCUAUUCUCAAUCCACUGCUAUUUCUAAUGUUUCAUCUAUUGCUUUCGUUGGUACCGUUGUUGGUCAAUUAACCUUCGGUUAUAUUUCUGAUAGAAUUGCUAGAAAAGGUGGUAUGAUGGCUGCUAACAUUAUGUUAAUUGUUUUCACUCUUUUAUGUGCUGUCGGUACUUGGGGUGCUAAUGGUUCUCCAGAAGGUUUAUUUGCUUCCAUUGUUGUAUUUAGAGUGCUUUUAGGUGUAGCUAUUGGUGCUGAAUACCCAACUUCAUCAGUUAUUGCUUCUGAAUUUGCUAAUCAAUUACCAGCUGGUCACAGAAAUAGAUAUUUCGCUUGGUUCACUAACACCAUGAUUGAUCUUGGUUUCGUUGUUAGUGCUUUUGUUCCAUUAGUCUUAUUAUGGAUCUUUUCUGAACGUCAUUUAACUGCUGUUUGGAGAUUAACUUUAGGUUUAGGUGUUUUCCCACCUUUACUUUUAUUCUUCUGUAGAUUAAAAAUGAAGGAUUCUUCAACUUUUGAUAAAUUACACAUGAAGAAAGCUCAUUACCCAUACUGGUUAUUACUCAAAUUUUACUGGUUCAGAUUAUUAAUUGUUUCAUUAAUUUGGUUUCUCUAUGAUUUCUCAUCUUAUGCUUUUGGUAUCUAUUCAUCAUUCAUUAUUGGUCAAAUUAUCCCAGAAGGUAACAUUUAUCAAACCUUUGGUUGGAAUGUUGUUUUCAACUUAUUCUAUAUGCCAGGUGCCAUUUUAGGUGCUAUUUCUGCUGAUUACAUUGGUCCAAGAUUAACUUUAGCUGUUGGUGUUGGUUUACAAGGUAUUAUUGGUUUCAUCAUGGCUGGUUUAUAUCCAACCUUAAAAUUACAUGUUGGUGCUUUCUGUACCGUUUAUGGUAUUUUCACUGCUUUUGGUGAAUUUGGUCCAGGUGAUAACAUUGGUCUUUUAGCUUCUAAAACUUCUGCUACUCCAAUCAGAGGUCAAUAUUAUGGUAUUGCCGCUGCUGUUGGUAAAAUUGGUGGUUUCAUUGGUACUUAUAUUUUCCCAAUUAUUAUCAGAAAUGCUUCAAGAGGUGGAACUGAUCCAGAUAGAGGUAACCAAAUGCCUUUCUAUAUUGCUUCUACUUUAUGUAUGUUUUCUGCUUUCUUAGCUAUUUUCUUCUGUCCACCAGUUGGUCAAGAUGCUAUUAACAAGGAAGAUGAAGAAUUCUUAGCUUACUUAAAGGCUAACGGUUACGAUCUUUCCCAAUUGGGAGAUGGUACUAUUGCUACUGAUGAUUACGAUUACACUGGUAAAGUUGGUGAAGAAGUUGAAUCUUCUACCAAGAAAUCUGAAGUUAAAGUUGAAACUGAAUCUUUAUAG